CCCCCCCCCCGUGCUCCCCCUGUUCCGACAGAGACAGGCAAAAGGCGAAGGAGGAGCAACGGACCUCACAGUCAACAGAAGCUGGGUGUACAGCAGUCGCGCCGGUCGGUAGGCUACACGGGCAGAAGCCCACGGAAGACUUCACCUCACGGCUAUUUUCCAUUGACCAGUAAAGAGUCGGCAGAGAGAGGAACAGUAGAGAAGGCGAGCACGGGCGGAGAGGAUAAUUGCAUUUCUGACUGCCCUGUGGGAACAUGGGAUAUAUAACCUCAUCAUUCACCUGUGAGGCUCUCCAGUAAACAACGGCAGAUAGAAGGAUGACUGAAGCAGCUGUAGAGAGUGCAGAUGUCCUCCUAAAACCAUGUGAUGUGAUGUCAUGUGAUGUCAUCAGCUGCCCCUCCCCGCUACCAUGUCUGUCCCUCUGCAAUCAGAGGGAGGAUGAGGAGUGUCACCAUGACAAUAAGAAGCUGGAGCAGCAGAAAAACUGUAAUCAGGUGCAACCAAAGAAAAAAAUUAAGGCCAAAGGAAAGUUAGUGCGGAGUAUGGCUGUCUGCGAGGAGUACUCACCAUUUGAAGAAACCCAGGUAACACCAGUGGUGGAAGAAGUACUCAAAAGAAUAAAGGCAUCUCCAGACGCAAACAUCUUAUCUAGCUGCCAUGACAACGAGAGGACUUCCUGUAAGGAGGAAGAACAGGAGCACAGCGCAGAUCCAAAGAAACAUUCACUGUCCAAAGAGUCCAGCGUGGAAUACACCGACUCCACCGGCAUAGACCUGCACCAGUUUAUCGUCGACACCCUCAACAGCAACCCCAGAGACCGCAUGAUGCUGCUGAAACUGGAGCAGGACAUGAUCGACUUCAUCACCAGCAAUAGUCCCUUUAAGAAGUUCCCUCACAUGUCGUCCUACCACCGUAUGCUGGUCCAUCGGGUGGCGGCCUACUUUGGCAUGGAGCACAAUGUAGACCAGACAGGCAAGUCUGUCAUCAUCAACAGAACCAGCAGCACGCGCAUACCGGAGCAGCGUUUUCUGGACGAGGUGCAUAAGGACAAGACUGAAGAGAUCCACUGCUGGAAAAUUAUUUUGAAGAGAGACAGCUCAGAUGACCAGACCCGACUUCACCCCUUAAGGGAGAAGCAAAGCAAGUCAAUGGAGGAGAGAGAAGAGGAGUACCAACGAGCACGAGACCGAAUCUUCAACCAAGAGCCAGUCUGCACCCAGGAGAGCGCCCAUGCAGAAACCAGGGCUGCGGAGGAGUACAAUCCAUAUGCUGAGACCCAGAGGAGAAGGCAGCUCUUCAGGGGGAGCCGUGACAGCUCAGGCUCCAGCUGGACGGGCAGCAGCAGGCAGAGUAGCACUGAGACAGACUGUCGCUAUAGCAACGACCCCCGACCUUGGAGCAGCACAGACUCUUCUGAUUCUUCCUACCAAUGGACGAGUCCCGCCCUGAAACCCUGCCAAGUUGCCAACCACAGCUGGGACGCACGUUCAGGCUCCAUCCCUCUUUUCAGACUGCCAUCCACUUGCCCUCACCCCGCCUCCUCUCCCAUUAUAGAUGAUGGGGCUCCUAACUCUGCCUACAUCAUAGAGAACGGGAUCCCGCCGGGAAGCAUACUAGUGAACCCACAUACUGGGCAGCCUUUCCUGAACCCUGAUGGAACACCUGCUGUGUACAACCCUCCGGACAGUCAACAGCCAAUCAGGAUCCAGACUCAGCUGCAAGGCACUCCCUCUCAGCAGCAGGUGGUUCAGUACUCAUCUGUCUCUUACACGGCUCCACAGAUGUUGCCUGUCACUCCUUCACAGCCAUAUGCCACAAUUGAAGAUCUCUCCUCGCAGUUUGCUCAUGUGAGCUGUCAGUCAACGGGUGAAGCCCCACCCCUCUACCCUCCCGCCCAGGGUUACAUCUAUGCAGCUCCUCCCCCCCUUCCCAACCCCCCCAACCCCUCCAGCUACUGCCAGCCAUCACCUCCGUUACCUGUGUAUUACUACGGCCAGUACCCUACCUCAGCUCAGCACCCAUGCAGGCCUGUCUCACCGAGCCAGCACAUCCACAGCCAAGCAGCACAACCAACAGCCAGUUACGCCCCUGCUGUGGGGGUGCAGCAGUCCUCACACACCCAGGUGCAGGCUGUGCUAGGGACCUACUCACCAAUGGCCUCUCAUCAGCGUAGCAUAGCUCAGGGAGGUGUUUCAGUGUCAUACCCACAGAGUAAAGUCGGAGUUGGUAGGGAGGCGGGUUACUGCUGCGUGGUGCCCCCACCCUCCCACCACGGCAGCUGCCAUCCUCCCAGCUGCACCAACCUCAGUGCCCCAGCCUGGGGCGCACAGUACUGAUGAUGCCUCGACGGAUGGAGCGAUGAUAUUUGAGUUCCUGUGUGAACUCGUGUAGUUUCUUAACACAAACACCCUUUUUCACACUCCCUCCCCAACACCCGCCUUCCUCCUGACGAUGCCCACAGGGUACACCGUUCACACUCAUAGCAAGCAUGUGCACACACACACACAGCACAAACCCACUCACAGACAGAAAUGUACCACUGUACCAAAACUUAAUAGUAUGUAUCAGAGCUGUUGUAUUGAAUGCAUCAUUUAUAUUCACAAAUGGAGUUUUUUAUUGAUAUUAAAUUAUAUAUUGUGUUCCAAGGAAAUGCACUGUGUGAAUAGAAUAAAGUGCUGUGGCUGGAUUGACGAUGUCACAUUUCUAUAUCA